AUGACACUUCAUACAAUGAACAAAACAAGUAGGAAAAAUUCAAUCAGAGUUGACCAAGAACAAACUAGGAAAACAACCAUAAUUAAACAACCCCUUAAGCAAGGGGGCCCUCGGCCGUACCGGAGAUGGUUACUCGUGGACGAGGGAAGCUUGCACCAGCGCGAAAAGCUCCGGUCUUCUGGAGAGAAAGCAAGCGAGGGCGUGCAGAGCGGCGCCGGACGUGAUGCCUAGCCUGGUGCAAGCGGCCAGGGAUACGUCGACCGUAUGCCAGCAAGCAUUUCGACAUCGUAGGUGGAAUUGCAGCAGCAUCGAGCGUGCGCCAGAUUACACGCCUGAAUUACUUACCGGGACCAGAGAACAAGCAUUCGUGUACGCAAUGUCAGCCGCAGCUGCAGUUUGGAGAUUAGCGAGAGGAUGCGCUCUGGGCAGUCUGGCGGCAUGUUCCUGCGCCACUCCACCACGUAGGGAGCCACUGUCACCGUCCGCCUUGAUUUCACCUUCGUCCUUCACCGCGACACCGGUCUCCUUCGGCACGCUUUCCGCGAGGAACUCGUUCAAAUGGGGUGGCUGCGGUGACGACGUUCGAUCUGCGUCCAGGAUGGCCAAAAGGUUCCUUCAAGGUGCUACACCCCCUGGCACCGGUGCAACCGCCAAGUUCAUGCACGCUGUUAACAUGCACAACAAUCGAGCGGGUCGAAGGGCAGUGGAACAAUCCUUGACCCUGGAAUGCAAAUGCCACGGAGUUUCCGGAUCGUGCAGCGUACGUACCUGUUGGAGAGGUCUUGGCUCUUCGGGGCCAGCGGCCGCAGGAAGUCGAUUGCUGCGCAGAUACGCAACUGCGGCGGAAGUUCGUCCGAGAUCAGGAGGCAGGUUACCACCCUUGUAUCAUCACGAUAAUCUUCUGUACACCACGAAAAGCCCAGACUACUGUCUUCCUGACAAAAAGAGAGGAAGCCUUGGAACUGUUGGCAGGUAAAUCAUAACUUCCUUCUCCUUUAUUUGCUUAGCUAAUAUCGCUGGAACCGGUUUUCUGUAGUAACGGUUUACGUUUAGCGAUUGUUUCGACGGAUGACAGAUAAUUUCAUUGUUACUUUACGCCAAUCAGGUGCAAGAAAUUGUUAGAUGAAAGAGUAAAAUGCACAUUAAUAUUAUUAUGGUUAUACUAAAAAAUAGGUAUGAUGAAAUUACUAAGCAGAGUUUUAUUAUUAUUAUUCACAACUAUUAUUCGAACGAUUUCAAGUGAAUAUUUAUGUAAAAUAAUUGUUCGAAUAUAUAUACAGGUAUUACUACGUAACUUCAUCACUUUGUCUUUCUUAUUUUUGCAGAUAUGAAGAAAUUUUGUUAACAAAAAUUGCUUAG